AUGUACAAUUCCUGCUACACAUGUCGUCGCAGACAUGUCGAAUGCCAAAUGUCCGAGCCCCCGUGUAAAAAGUGCCAGAAGGCCGGGCUGGAGUGCCUGCAAAAGAGGCCUCUCCGUUGGGUCAAGGGCGCUACGUUUCGCGGUACAGCAAAGGCAUCAGUCAACACCCCAUACAAACCCGACCGGGCGAUUUCCUCACAGUUCGGCUCUACAGUUACGAUCAUCAAGAACUUAGAGCGAUGGCCCGCUACAACCUUUGAUAUUGCUCUUUCCCACAUACCUCUCGGCCUGGGCGAGCCCGUGACCCGAAGUCUGGACGAGGAUUCUCAAUACUACCUCAAUUACUACAGCAAAUGCGUGUGCAAGCUGUUUGUCAUGUUCGAUAGCCAACGCAACCCCCUCAGACAGCUUAUUCCCGCUGCUAUCGCCCAUCCGGUCCUCCUCUCGUCCGUCGUCGCUCUCGCAGCGCGACACAGAGCGAAUAUCACACAGACUUUCGAUCAAAUUCUCGCAACUCAACAACAAGCAACCGCUUUAGAACCUCGUUAUGGCGCUUCCUUGUACAAAUACCAGGCUAUCAGAGGGCUCCGGCAGGCCCUGGACGAGGGGACAACUUCGAUCGAUAUCUUGAUCGUCAGUGCAUUUUUAUUGAUUCUUCUAGACCUGUUCGAGUCCGGAAAUGACAAUUGGAACUUCCACGUUGAGGGUGUAAAAAAGCUCAUCGCUGAGAUCCGGGUUUCGACGAGCUCGAGGGAAUUGGGGACAACUAUCGAAGGGAUGCGCAACUUUGCAAUGCGCCAGGUCUACUUGAUCGACACACUAGGCACGACUUUUACGCGUCCUGGGCUACUCGUGGACUCCCCUACCCACCAGCCAUCCACAACCCUCCAAAUGAGCGCCGACAAGGCUUAUCUGGGAUGCCCAGAAUACUUCCUGGAUGUUCUCCGCUCUUUCUCGGCAGCUCGAGAUUGUUUGGCGAGUCUUGAGCAGCUUGACAGCAUCGGUGCGGAUUCAUUGCUUCAUACCAUCAAGGUCUCACUAGAGUCCACCCAGAGCUUUGACUGCUGCUCCUGGGCCAAGGAUGUUGAGCUGCCUUGUUCCUCAAACCCUCUGCCAACACGAACUUUGCAAGAUCUGGAGGACCUAGGCCAGGCCUAUAAAUUGGGGACCUUGAUCUACGGCUGGCGUGUCUGCGACGUACUCACGGGAGACUCGACUCCUUUGGAGGACAUAGAGGAGGAACUCAUCAGCAUGCUGGCUUCCCUGCGGAGCAACGAGGCACUCUUCAAGUGUAUCCUCUGGCCUUUAUUUGUCGCAGGCUUGGAAACUCGGGAUGAGUCUCAGAAACAGUUGGUGGGGGACUGCCUCCGCAGGUUCUGGUUCGAGACGAAAUGUAUCAACGUGAUCAAUGCGGAGAAAAUCCUUCAGAGGUUCUGGGCCGAGGCGGAGCAGGGAUCAAGCUCUAGGUCUAAUUGGAUUUUCAGUAUGGGACAGAUAGAUGGCGACUGGCUGCUGAUAUAG